CCUCGGGGCCGGGCUGACAUCGGGGCGGGGUCAGGGUCUCACACCUUCCAGGUCAUGCGAAGCUGCUACAUGCGACCCGACGGGAGCCUCCUCCGCGGGUACUAUCAAUACGCCUAUGACGGCGCUGACUACAUCUCCCUGAACGAGGACCUGACCUCCUGGACCGCGGCCGAUGCGGUGGCUCAGAUUACUAAGCGCAAGUGGGAGGCGACAGGUUUUGCGAAAGUGAUGAGGCACUACCUGCAGGGCGCCUGCUUGAAGUGGCUCCGCAUUCACCUGGAAAAAGGAAAGGAGACCCUGCUGCGCACAGGUUCCAGGGGCCCUGGGGCCACCCCCUCUCCCCGGGGCUGGGGCUCCUAUAAGGAGACAGGACAGGGGAUCAGUCUUUUCUGA